CACUCCGGACGUGUGGAUGCAACAAUUGCAGUAGAAGCCGACAGAUUCUCCAUUUAUUGGACUUUUCUGACUGACCAUGGCCUGAAGAAACCUCCGGGUCGUUUCCACGCUAAUAAGACGCCGAAUGGCCCACGUAAUUUCUUCAUUCUCUCCAUAAGACGUCGCUGCCACCACCCUCCGCGAUGGUGGUUGCCACCCCCGUUUGUUACAAUCCCUCUUCCAGAUGUCUGGCUCCCAAUUUGCCUCGUCAAAGAUUCUGUCAUCGCUCUUCUUUUGCUGAUUCGUUUUCUGCCUCCAGAUCAAACUUCUUCCCCAGGAGGCCCCUUUCUCUUUCCCGGGGAAACCGCCUCUUGGUACAGAAUAACAUGGAUGAAUUGGUUAAAACUUAUGCUAUCCGAGAUAAUGAUAGUGAUGAAGGCGUUCAAGUGCUUGAGCAGGAAUCUUUAAUUGAUGGAUCAUCCCAGCUCGGCUUUAAGUUUCCGCUUCGUGAGCUGGAACCAACUCUCAAUCGACUGAGCAAGUGGAUGGUAUCUGCCUUCUUUGGUGCUCUCAUUCUCUGGAGGCAUGAUGCAGAAUCCUUAUGGUUUGCAGCAGGAUCUAUUUUAAAUGCUGUGUUUUCUGUUGUACUCAAAAGAAUACUGAACCAGGAACGGCCUUCUACCCUAAAAUCUGACCCUGGAAUGCCAUCUACACAUGGACAAUCCAUCUUCUUUUUUGUCACUUUUGCUAUUUUGUCAAGUGUAGAAUGGCUAGGGUUAAGUGUAUCUAGCAUUAUCAUCAGUGGACUUGCCUUGGCGCUUGGUUCUUAUUUUUCAUACCUACGGGUAUCCCAACAACUUCAUACAGCGAGCCAAGUGGUUGUUGGUGCCAUCGUAGGAUCCAUCGACUCUAUCUUGUGGUAUUGGUUAUGGAAUGCUUUUGUGCUGGAUGCAUUUGUAUCCUCUCAAUGGGUUAGAGUCGCUGUUGUUUUGGGGUCUGCUGGAAUUUGCUUUGGUUUUGUAAUCUAUGUAAUUCGCCAUUGGCUUAAAGACGACUAGGAACUUCAUCAGAAUUGUUACAACAUGGUAUUGGCUUUAUUAAAUAGAAAUUUCAAGUUUUUUA